AGCCAAAAUUCGCAAUUCCCUCGAUGUCAAGGCCGCGCUCAACUCGGCGUACAUCCAGUACAGAAACCAAGCGGCUAUUUUUCCCUUGAUCGACGGUGGAAACAUUAUCUAUCUUCCACGAUCAGAUACAAAGUUCGCCAGCGAGCAGCCUACCAAUAUGCUCAGCAUGCAUGAAUCGGCACAGCAAGAUUUGCAGACGGACUACACUACCAUGGAUCCAUCCCUCACGCAUGAUCCUAUUCAUUUGGAACUGGUCACUACCACGCUUACCAAAGAGGUCGGAAAUCUCAUCCCAGAUCUCGCUGAAGAAAUCGAGCAUUGUGUCAGGAAACAGUUGGGCAGCAGCACAGACUGGUCUGAAAUUUGCAUAAUGGAAUCUGCGCAAAAGAUGCUCAGUGGUAUCACCAAUCGAGCAUUUCUUGGUCUUCCGCUUUGUCGAAAUGAAGAGAUGCUGAAGCUGGGCAUCGCGUUCGCCCAGGAUAUUCCACUGUCGUCAAUGAUGAUGAAGUUAUUCCCGAGCUUCGUUAAACCGCUAGUUGCGCCUCUUAUAACCCGAUCCAAUAGGAUUCACACUCGCGAGUUUGAGAAGAUCCUUGAACCAGAGAUCAAGGCCCGUCUAGAAGAAUACGAUUCACAAGAUGAACACACCAAGUCCGAUCGGAACGAUUACUUGCAGUGGUUGAUUGAGCAAGCUAAGGAGAUCGGUAACCCGAAGAACUGGCAGGUCAGCGCGCUGGCUCAACGUGUUCUGCUACUGAACUUUGCGUCCAUUCACACUACGACGUUUGCAGUUACCCAUGCUCUUCUUGACAUUGCUUCAUCAUCUCCCGAUCUUAUAUCUGAACUUCGCGAUGAAGUAGACAGCGUGCUGAAAUUGCAUGAUGGCAAGUGGAACAAACGCGCCGUUGCACAGCUCGAAAAGCUCGACUCUGCAAUUCGCGAAAGCCAGCGCAAGAACUCCAUCGUCUCAAUCGGAGUUUCCCGUACCGUCGUAGGAGAAAAAGGUGUCACUUUUCCAUCGGGUACGCACGUCCCCAAAGGGCUAAGAAUAGCCGUACCAGGGUACUCGGUACUGCAGGACAGUGAGAUCUACACUGAACCUAAGACCUAUAAACCACUUCGCUUCUACGAUGCGCGACAGAACGAGGCAGAAGAAUAUGUCAAGAGUGCGCGUAAUGCUCUACCGACUGCGACGCAGGAUUUCUUGGCGUGGGGACUCGGUCGGAACGCGUGUCCGGGGAGAUUCUUUGCGAGUAACGAGAUCAAAAUGUUGCUCGCUUAUAUUUUGCUGAACUAUGACAUUGAGCAUCUGGCAGAACGGCCACGGAAUACUUGGAUUGCACAGAACAGGAUACCUCCCAUGAAGGCGACGCUGAGGAUAAGGAAGAUGCCUCGAUCUUAGGAGGCAUUAAUAAUGUAGUAUUGCAGAUGAAGGAUGCGAGCACGAGAAAGAUUCGCUUAUUCUGGACCAUAGAAAAUCUCCUUCUCACUGUUGA